AUGGAUUCUCCAUUGGGUAAUCUUAGCGGGGCGGGCAAACUUGAUAGCAAUCAGAAACAACAACUCAUGGAACAAGUAAAAGCCCAAAUCGCUGUUGCAAACGCCCAAGAACUUCUGCAGAAAAUGUCUGAUAAAUGUUUUAAAAAGUGCAUACCAAAACCAGGAAGUGGUUUGGAUAAUUCAGAACAGAAAUGCAUAGCAAUGUGUAUGGACCGUUACAUGGAUACAUGGAACAUUGUGAGUAAAACGUACACACAGAGGUUGCAGAAAGAAAAGAGCAAGAUGGGUUUAUGA